UGCUUUAUCAUGUCUUAAAAUUUAUGACAGUCACGCGGUAAGGUUUACCUGUAGGUAUGUAAAUAGAGAGGAUACAAUUUAGGUGACACACCCUAGAUCAUGGCGCCACCUAUGGGCAGCAAGGAUUUUCUAAAUCAAGGCGAAGAUGAUCAGAUGGAAAUCACUGGAUAUCGCCGGAACGUCAUCAAGUCAGCAAUCACGUGGUUUUUCAUCGUCAUCACGGUUGGACUGCUUCGUCUGUUUUUCUUUUGGUUGCCACAUCUGAUGGUUAGAGCAAUGAAUGAUAGAUGUGACCUUGCAGAUGCUACUACAGUCAUUUUAAAGGAUGAGUAUGAUCAAUGGUUUGUAUCGAAUGUCCAGAUGAUUACAAAGAAUGGUGAAAUGGUCAAACAGGAUUCUCGGCGCAGUUGGUCGGUUGGCAGUAGCACACCGUUAUCUGGCAGCGGAACUGCACGGCACAGUAAUGGAGGUGUCGUCUUAUCAAUUAUCGCACGUUCUGAAAUUAUCAGGUAUUUCAUCACGAAGAAAGUGAAAUAUAUCUGGAACAAUGAAAGCUCAUCUUUUCUCAAACUCAGAGGUAUAGAAGACAACGUGUCGUGCGGCUUUUUUCAUGACAUAUCAUAUUUAUCAUACGAUGAUGCCACAAGAAGACGUGUAAUAUACGGCUAUAACUCAAUCCGAAUACACGUUACCCCAAUUGUGAAACUGCUUUUUAAAGAGGUUUUGUCGCCAUUCUACAUAUUUCAAAUUUUCAGUUGUAGUCUCUGGUUUGCGGACGAGUAUUACUAUUAUGCCGCGUGUAUUGUUUUCAUUUCAAUAGUGUCCAUCAUAGCCACAAUAUAUCAAACUAGAAAGAUGCAACGGGCAUUGAGAAACACAAUCCAGUCUUCGACCACUGUCAGUGUUUGUAGAGGAGAAAAUGAAUUUCACGAAGUGUCAUCAGAAGAUCUUGUCCCUGGAGAUAUUAUUGAAAUACCACGUGGCGGAUGUAUAAUGCAGUGCGACGCUAUCCUUAUCACCGGAAACUGUAUUGUCAAUGAAAGCAUGUUAACAGGGGAGAGUGUCCCAGUAACAAAAACACCCUUACCAAACCCGUUGUUGACGCACGAGGAAAGCACCCUCUACUUUAAUAUAAAGGAUCAUGCUCGUCACGUGCUCUUCUCUGGAACCCACGUGAUACAGACGCGUUUCUACGGCGGGCAUAAAGUAAAAGCAGUGGUAUUUAGGACAGGGUUUUCUACCGCAAAAGGAGGACUGGUGAGAAGUAUUUUAUACCCAAAGCCGGUAGAUUUCAAGUUUAACAGAGAUACGUACAAGUUUGUCGGUAUUUUAGCUGGCAUUGCACUGAUGGGCUUCAUUUACACAGUAGUUCUAAUGACUGAAAGAGGAGAUAGCGCUGGGGACAUUGUCAAGCGUUCACUAGAUCUGAUUACAAUCGCUGUUCCUCCAGCACUUCCGGCCGCGUUGACUGUCGGUAUUGUUUUUGCCCAGAGGAGAAUGAAACAAGCCAAGAUCUACUGUAUUAGUCCUAGAAGUAUAAACGUCUGUGGUAGCCUUAAUACUGUGUGUUUUGACAAAACUGGAACCUUAACAGAAGACGGGUUAGACAUGCACGGAGUCGUUACCGCAAAGGAAGGAAAGUUUGACACAGAAAUAAAGAACGUGAAUCUUGUACCACGUGGUUCAUUUAUGGUUGGUAUGGCAACGUGUCACAGUCUUACUAUUAUUGACGGAGUUCUCAGUGGAGAUCCCCUAGAGCUGAUAAUGUUCGAAUCAACUGGCUGGGAAUUAUCAGAGCCUGGGAACGAAGAGUCAUCAAGAUUUGAUAUGAUAUGUCCGACUAUUGUCUGUCCGAAAGCUACACGACUUACAGCGUCUGCAGAUCUAUCGUCUGGAAACACGACAUUAUCAGAAGAAAUCGGCAUCGUGAGACAAUUUACAUUUACGUCAAGUUUGCAGAGAAUGUCUGUAGUAAUUCGUCACCUAGGGGCAGAUCACUUUGACAUCUAUACUAAAGGUGCACCUGAAAUGAUUGCCUCCCUUUGUGUAACAGAUACAGUGCCUUCCGAUUUUCACGAAGUCCUUAACGGAUACACGAGACAUGGGUAUAGAGUACUCGCACUUGCACAUAAACCUUUACCAUCUAAACUGAAGUAUCCGAAACUACAACGUAUACAGAGAGAACAGGUUGAAAGAGGUCUAACAUUUCUUGGAUUAAUUGUGAUGGAGAAUAGACUUAAACCUCAAACCACCCCGAUUAUCCUAGGUCUCAAAGAAUCAAACAUCCGGCCUAUAAUGGUAACAGGAGACAAUAUGUUGACGGCAUUAAGCGUUGCACGGGAAUGUGGUUUUGUUAAACCAACUGAACCUAUCGUACUCGUGCAAGCGUUUCCCGUGCAAACUGACCAGUAUGGUAAUGAGGUAUCUGCCCCGCACGUGGAAUAUGUCUAUACGGAGACACAAGAAGAGCGGGAAGUUUUAUCGAAAGAAAAAAGUCAAACGUUCCAAGGAAGUCAGAAUGGCAAAUCUUUAGAUGUAGAAGUAGGCAAGAAAGAGCGGUAUCAUUUUGCAGUGACAGGGAAAUCAUGGUCUGUACUUAGACAGUACUAUCCCGAUCUUAUACAGAAGAUUGUAGUUCGAGGGACAAUAUUCGCCAGAAUGUCACCUGACCAGAAGGCUCAGCUUGUUGAACAGUUACAAGAUUUAGGAUAUUACGUAGGAAUGUGUGGAGACGGAGCCAAUGAUUGUGGUGCGCUGAAGACAGCCCAUGCUGGUAUCUCUCUGUCUGAAGCGGAGGCGUCUGUUGCUUCACCUUUCACAUCUAAAACACCAGAUAUUUCAUGUGUUCCCACUACAAUAAGGUAUGCAAAUUAUUGUAUUUCAUGUUUAAGAAAAGACAAUGCAUCUUAA